AUGCAACGUAUUCUACACAGGGAUGCUUGUGUGAGUGCUGGGUAUCAGUUGAGUGCCUUUGACUGUCAGCCUUUGGGCAUCCUCCUCCCAGCGACACCAACGGGGGAUAUGCCAGCAGGCCGCCUGUUGGAGGUCCUCGUCCUAGUGGCCAAUCUGCCAGAACCUAACGCUGCCACUGUGAUGCUCCCGUGGUAUAUGUCCACCCUUCUAGUCGCUAUCAUGACCCGCUUCAAAAGCACUGUUGAUGACUCCAUCACCUUGAGGCUGGUCCAUCAGCGUGGAUCGUCCGUAAGGAUAACAGUGGUAGUUCCUGGUGAUCUCAAUGCCUGUGUGGAGCGCGUACCAGGAUGGAUAGCAUUUCCUGGGCCUCAAGGCAAGCCUACUGUGACCACCACUUGGGCUCAUCCCCUGCCAUCAGCUCUCGAUCUGAGGAGAGUGAUGGACCCAGCAGCGUUGGCGGUCUCUGCUACUGACCUCAACGUCAGACUCAUGCAGUGGAGGGUGUUGCCUACCCUAGACCCAGACCGGAUCAUGAACCUGAGAUGCCUCCUUAUCGGAGCUGGAACUCUAGGUUGUGCUGUGAGCCGGACCCUACUAGGGUGGGGUGUGAAGAACAUAACCUUCGUGGACAGUGGCCAUGUGUCCUUCAGUAACCCAGCUCGGCAGAAUCUCUUUACAUACGAGGAUGCUGUAGGGAAGCGUCCUAAAGCAGAGGCAGCAGCAGCCAGACUCGGCGAGAUCGUUCCCGGUCUCAACGUUAGUGGAGUUCAGCUGGAGGUUCCGAUGCCUGGCAAAAGCACCACUGGAGGGAUUGAUGACAUAUCGAGGGCGGUUGAGAAGCUGGACUCCCUCAUAGCUGGCCAUGAUGUUGUGUUCCUCCUUACAGACAGCAGAGAGAGUCGCUGGUUGCCUACGGUGAUGGUUGCCUCCGCUGGAGCCAAGACAAAGGGAGGCCCGAUUGGAGUAUCGGUCGCGCUGGGCUUUGACUCCUACUUGGUGAAGGUACAGUCUUAUGGAGAUCGUAGCUCUGCCUGCUACUUCUGCAACGACGUCUCGGCCCCGAGCGACUCUACGUCCUUCAGGACCCUGGACCAGAUGUGUACUGUCACACGGCCUGGUCUUGCUGCUAUAGCCUCUGCAACGGCGGUGGAACUUGUUGCUACUCUAACUCAACAUGGCGGCUUCGACCAGAUCCGAACGGUCAAUGACGAUGGGGGCAAUGCGCUUGGGGCUACUCCCGAUCAGAUACGGGGAUUCCUCGCCAACUGGCAGCAGGUUCCUGCGGUCACCCAAGCUUUCGAUCGAUGCGUGGCCUGUUCGAAUGCCAUUAUUGCCGAGUACACUACCAAGGGAGCGUCCUUCGUUUUGGAUGCUAUUGUGGAUGCUUCGAUCCUUGGCGAGAAGUCCGGCCUGACGGAGAUGCUCGCAGCGGCAGAACGGGCUGAGGACGACCUCCUUGCGUUCGGCAUCGACGACGAAGACUUUUGA